UGGGAAUAGGAAACGGUGAAGUACAGUGAAGAAAAGACUGGCAAAAGAAUCUGUGGCCUAAAUAUGGCAAAGCAGAGGAAAACACCAUCUGUUUAGUUCCUCGGAAACCUCCUCAGUCCUCCAGGCCCACCCCAAACCAAGGCGAGCCCUUCUUUCAGCAUUAUCUGUACCUACACUUGUCAACUACUCCCACUAUUAAGCUAUCUAGGAUUCCCCGGUUGGAUCCAAGAAGAAGACCCGAAACCCUUUGCAAAUUAAGAAGAAGAGGGACCAAAGGGAAGAGUAGUUUGUCUGCAGGAGGAAAAGGGACUUGACGUGACCAGAAGAGUUGAAUGUGUGCUGUAUAGGAAUGAUUCUGCUGCGUAAGAGUUGUUGCAUGGGGUGGGACUGGAGAAAUUAAUCGGAGCCUGAUCAAUUGGCAACACAGGGUUAGCCUUCGGAAGAUAUUAAUUAAUCUUGAUUCAGUUCCUUUCCACUUUUUGCUUGCUUCAGCUCCAUCCGAGUUUGACUUUUUCGUUCUGGGCUUGCUUCAAAUGAAAGAGAUGGAGUAUUGGAAGCUGAAUAGUCUCAAGUUGACGAACACAAGGCUUCUUAUGUACCUCGUUUCCAUCGCCCUUAUAUCACUCCUUGCAAUGCUUGCCAGCAUCACCCGAAUGUUUCCUCCAGGUUCCAGGUCCCUGCUGACUAGUAAAGCUGAUUUUCGCUUCCAGCUCCAGAUCCAAGAGGCGCAGACGAUGGGGCAGAGGAAUAAUGGAGCAGUGGAGAUUAAGCAUUCCCUGGAUGCAAGGGGAAGGAGGCUUUUAGGCGGUCCCGGUUCAUCACCUCCUCGAUGCAUAUCAAAGUGCGGUAGAUGCACACCAUGUCGGCCGGUCCAUGUCCCGGUGCCCCCUGGAACGCCGGUGACGACCGAGUACUACCCUGAAGCAUGGAGGUGCAAAUGCGGCAAUAAGUUGUACAUGCCCUGAACCUGCUGAUGCUUCAUUUAGGACAUUGGGCUAGAGCAUCAUGUCAUGUGUCUUCCAACUGGAGUAGCAUCAUCCAAGUACAACCAACGAUCACAUAUCUACUUGCAGAUUUAGCUUAUUCAGAGGAGGAUGACGCUACACAACGUCCUCAUUAUAGGAUAGCACCAUUCCAAUUCUGCUAGUAUUAUUAUUAUAUAUAAUGCUCUAUGACACUUGCUAGAUAGUUAAUGACAUAAUUUUAUGCUAU